UGUCCGUAAAUUCUUAACGCUCACCCUGAAGCCUCAUCUGCAGUAAUUCAAUCCGAUAGUCAGCGAUACCGUCUUCGCGGGCCGGUGCAUUGUGCUGUUUAUGUUUGUGAGUGCGGUCGAAUUUAGCUCGGAGACAAACAACUCACAUAGGAUCUGGCUCUAUCUCGUAUCUCGUGAGAAGCGAAAAUCUCGGUCACUUGAACCAUCGUGUCGUAUAAUUUCAAUCAAGGCCUGGUACCCUCAAGAGAUAGAGAAAUAUGUCAGGGCUUUGGCCAAUCAAUUGUUGUUGUUUUCGUCGAAAUCUACGCUAUUGUCCAUACUGUACCCGGUUCAUGGAAGCAAAUGCUUGGCCAUUAGCACAGUGUUAAAAACAUAUCGAUCUGAUAGAAAAGUAGCAAUAUACACCAAUACACCAAUGUAACACAGUAUCAGCGAUCGACGAAGUCAGUGUUACAUUGUGGCAUUUCGGGGCUUUUUGCUCCCCGCCUAAAGACACCGAAAUCAUGAUCGUCGACAACAUUGUUCCUACACAACUGCACCGAAUUCAGAGGACAAAAGGUACGGCUAGGUACGAGGACAAAAGGUACACGACGUAACAUAUGAGGGUAUUCACUCAUUUUGUUCAUUGAAAAGAUGACUACGCUAACGGAUCUUCAACAGACAGACAUGGCUCGAUUAGUAUUGACUUACAUGUACAGCCAGAAAAUGGAUGAUCUUGCUACACAGUUUUGCCAAAGACAUCCUUAUUUAACACGUGAACGAGAAAACUUGGAUAAGAAGUUGAGGAUGAUUAACUAUUCCGGUCUCACGUUGGAAGAGUGUAUACAAAAAUCCUCUGCAGACCAGCUCAAAUUGUACAGGCUGGUGGAAAAGUACGGUCAAGGUGCACCUGUUUUACACGAUCCUGCUUUAUCAUUGCUGGAGAAGUUGGAGUACUUAUUAGAACAAGGCAGUGCAAGAACAUUGACAAGAAUGCAUCAACCAAACGACACUGAGCCUCAACCACCUGCUACGAGUAUACGCGUCUUAGAAGAUAUUUAUUUGGGGAAUAUUCUACAAGAUAUGAAAGCUAACACAAGCAAGAUCGCAAAUGCAAACAAUCAAACGACGCAAUCAAACAAUCGUCCAUCAGAGCAGCUGGUGCAGGGACAACAGAUGCUAUUGACUGACGUUCAACAAGAAGACGAUAAGGAGGUGUACUGGAUACUACCAGAUCCGAAUGACGAUGGUUACCAGUUGGCUUUGGCGUUGGCGGACACGGUCAACAACCGGUCGCACACACACGAAUUAACAACACUUCCAUCGCUGCAGACGGUAGAUAUUGGGACCACCGUUAACGACGAAGGCACAAAUAAUCUGGAGAUGACAGAGUGCAACGAAUUGAACUUUUUAGGUUUAAAAGACAACCAUUCCAGCGUAGUGAGCAAUGGUGGUACACUACCAACGACAGUAAGUACACAGAUAGCCAGUGAACUUCCUAAGGAGACGCCUCUUGCAAUAAGUAGAAUGGAUGAUCAAAAACGUAAUUUCAAGCAUGCUUUACCUGAAAAAUCGAACUUGUGUUUUGCUCCGACGUCUAUGAGCAUCGAAAAAUCAUCUCGCAGUGAAUCGAGAGAUUGUAUAGCGGAAACAGCGAAAAUAUUACCGACUGUGUCCCGGGAGAAGAGAUCGUACGUACGGCGAUUGGAUUUCGACAAAUUUUCGCAAGAACCAAAUUCGAUAGAGGCUUUUAGGCACACGAAAGACGUGGGAUACGAUAGGUGCCAUGCUAAUGCUACCGAUGGUCGGUUGAAUCCGAAUUUAAAAGCUAGUGUCGUUUCGAUUGCGCCAUUUUCAAUUUCCUUAGGCGAUAUGUCUAUGAGCAUCAAAGUGGCACCAUUAGAACCGCCAAUGCCAGCGACGAACGUAAUUAGCACAAACGAACUUAAAACAAGUUCAGCAGGUCCGGAUGAGCCACACGGGGAUGCCGCUUCGACGGCACCGCCGGUGCCUGUACUACGUUAUCGCAGUGCUGAGGACAACGCUAAAGCAAUGGCCGAAUGGCAGCGGAUUCGAUCUGUCAAUAGUAACAACUUUGAUAUUCAUUUACGUCGAACGUUUGCCGAGCAAGAAACACAAAAGCAAGAAGAGCAUAGAAAACAACUGCUCAAUCGGAGAAAGUAUUGCCGAAAACCAAAGUUGAUCUCCAAACCAAAAAUUGUAAAAACACACCCGAAACGAAAUGGGAAAAACAAUGGCCCUGAACUAACAAUGGCACAAAAGCGAGGUAGUCCAAGAACAAGGAAGGCACGAAAGAAUGCUUGCAUUGUUCCUAAAUCGACCAAGCUGAAAAAACAAAGAGGAAUACUAGAGACGGAAAAGCUGUGCAAUGAACGGGCGCAACCCGAAACGUCCCGCAAAACUCGUUUGUCGCCAACACCUACAAAACGAUGCCCAACUGAAACAGAUGCACCAGUUAAAGAAAGCAUUACUAACACUGAGUCUUCAUUACCCGUCAUACCGGCAGCGCCAUCACUGCCGGCUGCAUCGCCUUAUCUACUAAUGGGCACAAUUUUUGCGGACCAAGAUUUUGACUACUUGAACUCGCCGUACAAACUCGACCCAAAGACGAACAAUCCGAGAACACCGCGCUACCUUGUCAAGGAAAAACCUUGCACCUCUUCUCCCGAGCAAGAAAAACCCAACACAACAGUAAUAGAAACUUCACGAACAGUACCCAACAGCUCAAUUCCAUUUGAUUCGAGUACGCUUGAAACAAGCGAUGGGAUUUCCCUCUCCAUGAACAGUCCUGCAAACGAUUCAAACAUCGUAAUCGAUAACGUACAUCUUCUUUCAAACAACCCAACCCACAACUACCGUGUUUCACAGACUCACGUAGGUAGUUCCUCCAAACUUUCAACAUGUGAUUUACCACUUCAGUCAAGCAGUUUAAGCGUACACGAAUCUAAUGUCAACAGUCUGCCUAAUGAUGCGAUCGAUUGUCUAGAAAGUACAACUACCGUUGGGACUGAUAGUGAUGUACCCGAGCGUCAAAUGAUCGCUAACAAUCGAUCGAACGAACAACGUGAAACGAUAUUUUAUUUGCCAGUGCCACGCAAGAUCGCAGCAUCUCCAUCAUUAUCAGUAAGGCUUGAAGAGGACACGAGACUUACGGACACACAAAGUUUGAAAAGUAUGGUUUCAAGUAAGCACAUGGAAAACGCAACAACUCAAAAGGAGGAUGACCGCAACCAACACAAUCUGACGAUGCGGUACAGCAUGGGUGAAACGUUUCAUUUCGCGCCGAUAAAUAAUGUAGCCAGUGCCGAAAAUCCAAAGAUGGGUGUAAGAAAGCGAACAUUGAGAACACAUUUACAAGGCACCGAUCCGAUACUGGAAGUUUUCAACGGUGAGGCAAGGUUUACCAUUGCAUGUUCCAGGCUUGCAAUACACUUUGAGCAGCAACCAAUGCAGCACCCAGCGUCUGAUCGGUAGAAUAGCUGUUCAUCCAGCUCGUCACAGCAACCGAGUCCGAGUUGUCAUUGAACUUAAGGAGUUUGAUAUCGACCAGCACGAACAGAUGCAAUAGUUACGUAAGGUAGGUGUCGAAACUUAGUGUACAUUACUUGUUUGGCUUACGAAACAGAUGCAAGAAGUAUUAACUAAUGAAUUCAAACGCAUGUGAAUAUGAAAUUUGAAAAACAAUAUACAAUAUAACAAUACAUAUAUAUACAGCGCUCGUUUUUUUAUUGAAUACAAAACCAUAGCAUUAGGCAUAAUGUUUUGACUACCAUUUCCCACGUGCAUCAACAAU